AGGGCUGCGGUCUGAGUGAGCCCUUCCCCAUCCCGGAGAUGUCCCCUCUGAGGUGGCUGUCCCUGUCCCACAACCCCCUGGGCCGGGCGGGGCUGCGGCAGCUCCUGAGGACGAUCCCGGCCCGGAGCCUGCGGAGCCUGGAGGUGGCAGCGGUCACCUGUGGGGACAUCGGGGACACCGGGGACAUCGGCAGGGACGUGGCCGAGUACCUGCAGCAGGCCGGCUGUGCCCUCUGUCACCUCUCGCUGGCCGGGAACCACCUGAGGGACGGGGACAUCGACGAGCUGGCACGGCGCCUGCCCGGCUGCGCGUCGCUGCUGUCCCUGGACCUGUCGGCCAAUCCCGGCCUGGGGCCUGGAACCUUCCGGAACCUCCUGGAGGGGCUGCGGAGGAGGGGGAGGGGCCUGGAGCUGCUCAGCCUGGCCGGCUGCGGCGUCGGGGACCUGGAGCCGGACGGAGCCGGCGGCAAAAUCCGGGAGCUGCGGCUGCCGGGGAGGAGAGGCUGGAGGGAACUGGUCUGAACUGGUCUGGACUGGUCUGGACCGUCUGAACUGGUUUAGACUGGUCUGGACUGGUUUGGACUGGUCUGGACUGGUUUGGACUGGUUUGGACUGGUCUGGACUGAUCUGGACUGGUCUGACCUGGUUUGGACUGCUUUGGACUGGUUUAGACUGGUCUGAACUGGUUUGGACUGGUUUGGAAUGGUUUGAAUUGGCCUGGACUGGUUCGGACCGGUUUGGACUGGUCUGGACUGGUUUGGACUGCUCUGGACUGAUCUGGACUGGUCCUGACCUGGUUUGGACUGCUUUGGACUGGUUUAGACUGGUCUGAACUGGUUUGGACUGGUUUGGAAUGGUUUGAAUUGGCCUGGACUGGUUCGGACCGGUUUGGACUGGUCUGGACUGGUUUGGACUGGUCUGGACUGGUUUGGACCGGUUUGGACUGGUCUGGACUGGUUUGGACCGGUUUGAACUGGUCUGGACUGGUCAGGACUGGGAGGUUCCCAGUUGGAUUCAAUAAAUCCCAGUUUGCCCAAGAUUUGGACUGGUCUGGACUGGUUUGUACUGGUUUGGACUGGUUAGCACUCAUCUGAACUGGUUUGGACUGGUUUGGAUUCAUCUGGACUGGUCUGAACUGGUUUGGGGCUGGUUUGAACUGGUUUGUACUGGUCUGAACUGGUUUGUACCGGUUUGAACUCGUAUACGCUCAUCGGAACUGGUCUGGAGUGGUUUGGACCAGUUUGAACUGGUCUGAACUGGUCUGGACUGGUUUGCACUCACCUGGAUUGGUUUGGACUGGUCUGAACUGGUCUGGACUGGUUUGGACUGGUUUGAACUGGGAAUGGCUCCCAGUUUGAUCCAAUAAAAGCAAGAAAAUAAAGGAAUUUUUCCCGGA